UCACAAUAUUUGGUUUCAUUUAAUAAUCAACUUUAACAUAACGAAGUAACGUUGAAUUCUUACUGUUUUGUAGUUAUUCCCUUUCGCUAAUGUUGUUUCAUUCGACUUAUUUUGUUCAUUUGCUGUGAUAUUUUGAAGAGAAUUGUGCAUUUUUAGGUUUUUAAUAUACUUUAUUUUUUGUUAAGUUGGUUAUUAAUUUAUUUAUUACUUUGUGACAAGAUAUUUUGGAGCUGGUUUGAACCAUAACAGAAAACAAGUGCAUUUUAUUGGAAAGAAACUACAAAAUUAAAGAAAUUUAUACAAUUUAACUUAGUGAACUCUUCUAAAGUGUAAAAAUGAGUGACAUAAACACAUUAUUGAAGCAAGCUGCAAUGCAGAUAGGAGCCGGUGGUAGUGCAGGAUUUGUUGAAGUCCUAAUCAUGCAGCCCCUGGACCUAAUAAAGACUAGGCUGCAGUUGCAAGCCACCAACAAGAACCUACCAAGAACAGACCCUCAUUAUUACACUGGAAUAUUUGACUGCGUACAGAAAAUGUACAAGCAUGAAGGAUUAUCAUCAUUCUACAAGGGUAUUUUGCCUCCUAUCUUGGCUGAAACACCCAAACGAGCCGUGAAGUUUGUUUGCUUUGAACAAUACAAAAAACUUGGUAUGACAAUUCUUGGUACCAGUACAGCAACACCUUUAGUAUUUUCAUUAGCUGGACUUGGAGCAGGUAUAACAGAAGCUAUAUUUGUAAACCCAUUUGAAGUAGUAAAAGUAACGUUAAUGGCUAAUAAGGCUAGAGGGAAAGAGGUCCCAAGCACAUGGUUUGUGACUAGACAAAUUGUAAGAGAACAUGGGUUUGGCUCCAGAGGGUUAAGCAAAGGUCUGACAGCAACCAUCGCCAGAAACGGUGUUUUCAACAUGGUGUAUUUCGGAUUCUAUCACAGUGUAAAAGAUAUUGUACCUGAGAAUAAGGUACCAAUACUAGACUUCUUAAGAAAGUUGUGCAUCGGUUUCGUAGCAGGAUGUCUAGGAUCAUGUGUCAACAUACCGUUUGACGUGGCCAAAAGCCGAAUCCAAGGUCCGCAGCCUGUAAAAGGAGAAAUAAAGUAUAGAACAACUACAGGAGCAAUGAUAACGGUGUAUCGGGAAGAAGGAUUCCGCGCCUUAUACAAAGGUCUGGUUCCAAAGGUUAUGAGACUGGGGCCCGGAGGAGCUAUAAUGCUGGUUGUAUACGAAAAAGUAUACCAUUUCUUACAGACCAAGUUUAUGUAGAAUUAAUUAUUUAUGACAUAAGUACAAAUAGUAACUCAACGUUACGUAGAACAAAUAAUCAUGUAUUGUAUAACUUGGCUGAUAAGAUCGCCUGUGCUCAGACAGCUAACGAAGCUAUAUAUUUUAUAUAUGUAAUACCAAAACUAUAACAUGUUUACAUGCGACCUGUAGUCUUAUAUUUUAUUUUGAUAUGUUAUCUUAUUUUAAAACAUAUUUUAUCUAGUGUUGUUUUCUGUUUCAUACUUUUGUAUAUUUUUAUGGUCUUGGAAUUUAUUUUUAUAAGACAAGUAUAUUUUUCAUAGAGAAAGUAAAAAUCGAUGUUAUAUUAGAUGCAAGUAAAAGUAAACUUCGUCUACGCACAAUCUUAUACACACAAAAAUUGUAUCACAACAAGCCUUAGCUUCAUCUGAUAAUGGUGAAGGUAAUAGAAUAGGUGCUAUUAUAAUAAUGACUUACGUUUUGGAUGAUAAUGUUUAAAAACUUAGCGCUUUUAAACUAAUACAAUUACACUCAGUUAAGAUAAUAUGAUGUGUGUACCUAAGUCUUCACUACAGUGUGCAUCAUAAACUUGAAAGUAGUUGAAUGUAGCCGAAUUGACGCACCUGAGUUGCACAACUUUCAUACAGAAUUUAAGGAUAUUAGUACCUAAAUACUGUAUAUUUUUUUGAGAAUAGUUGAACUCGAAUUGUUACUAGUACUUUAUGUAUUUUUAUAUAUGUAUAUCUUAUAAGCAAAAUGUAGUGCAAUAUUUUACAAAUGCAAGAUAACAAAAUAAAGUGUAAGUUAUAAGGAUAAGUAGGAUUAAAACCAAAGUAUGUAUAAAGAAAUAUUGAUAUUAAUUGUAUAAACACACUCUUAUAUCGAAAUAGCUAUAUUGUCAACAAAGCAUUUUUAUGCAUUUAUCUAGACACACGGCAGUGUGUCCGCCAAGUUCGAGCAAAAAACCGACACACCGGCCGUGGGUUAUAUUACACGAACCAU